GAUUCAUAAACGGCGCUUGCAACGGCCAAACGCUCAACAGCUCCCAGGGUCCGCCACGCCAAACCAGAUCCACUUCGGCGCGAGAGCGCAGAGCUCCGCUCAAUGCCGGUGGACGCCGCCUCUUCCCCCGCACCGGCAGCUGCCCGCUCCGCCGGGGAUAGGCUGAAGAGAGAAGACUGCAAACGCACCAAGCAUGACUCUGUUUUCUCCGAGUGGAAGAUUUUGGUCGGGCCUUCUGAUUGGCAAGACUAUAUGUUAGGGAAUGAUGGGGCUGAGAGAUACAGAACUCAGAACCUUCCAAAUUGUGCUUCUUGCCCUGGAAUUUAUGAGCUUGGCAUUGCAGUAUCAAAUCCCAGAUCCAGGCUAGAUACUAACAAAAUUGAUACUGCUAAGAUUGUUCCAGUUUAUGUUGGACAAGCUGACAAUGUUAGGACUAGAUUGCAGCAGUAUGGCCGUGAUGGAUCUCAUUUAGAGAAUGGUUGCUCAAAAAGUGAAUUUUCCUGGGACAAAAAUGGCUGUUGCCAGAAGGGACUUGCAUUCUUUACAAGUGCAUUCUCAAGAGGCUUCUCCAUUGUUUAUAGAUGGGCUCCUAUGAAAAGCAAGAAAGAUGCUGAGAAGGCUGAAGCUCAGCUGCUUGGUAAAUUUGAUUAUGCUUGGAACACAGAUAGUAAUGGUGCAAGGCGCCAUAAUGAUGUCUUUUGCAAACUUGAGAGGAUCUCAAGAGCUUCCCUUCUUCCUGCUAUUAUCAGGAGGUUUAAGUUAAAACUUCAAAAACCAAGGGGUGUCAAAAUCGAAGUUUGCGAGCCACUGCCCUUGGAGAAUGGAUCUUAUUUCUAUGGUAACACCAAGAGAACUCAUUCCCUUCCCCAGAUUUUUAAAUUUGGGAGAUCCCAGCCAAGAGUAGUUUCAGUUAACUUUGGCGUAAAUGAGAAUCCCGGGACUAUAUGUGGAGUUGCCCUUGGCCAUGGAUCAGUCUGUAUAAGGUCACCAGUUAUGGGAAAUAAAAGAUGUUUUGAACACAGGGGGAUGAAGGUUAAUGGAUUGACUUCAAAGAUGAUUGCAGAGGGAAAUUCACAUCUGCCUGCUGAGAGUUUAUCUGGGAUUUCAAGCUACCUGGAUGACACUCUCAUUUGUGGCUUUAUCCUAGAAGAUGGUUCCUCUUGUAUGAGUAAACCAUUUGGAAAAAAUAAAAGGUGCAUUGAGCACAAGGGAAGGAGAGUUCCCGGUUCCCAUCUUAAGUUAUUAACAAAUCAUAAAGAGCAUAAUAUGUGCAGUCCAAUUGCAGAAUCUCAAAAUGUUUUCAGUUGGUCUGAUACUGAUUUAGAUCAAGAAGGGAAUAUGAAAGAAGGCUGGAAUGAAAGCAGAACUGAGCAAGAUGAUUCUCAAUCAGUUACGCAUAGAGAUUGCAUUAUUAUUUGUGGAGUAAAUCUACAUGAUGGAAAUUUUUGCACGAGGCAACCUUCAGCCGGAAGAAAGAGGUGUGAGGAACAUAAAGGUAUGAGGAUUAAAAAUCCUAAUAAUACUCAGCAUCUUAAUCUUAAAGGUAAUAAGCAAUGUUGGCAGCAUAGAAGCAUUAGCUGAAUCAAGGUCAGAGAAUGCAAGUUACUAUUCAAUGUUUUCAAAUCUUGUCUUGUAGUUGUGCCUAUGGGGAACUCGGGGUUGUAGCACCAACACCUAGUGGUUCCUAUAGUGAAAGAAUGGUGACAGCACAUUGGGGUAAGUAGCUCUGCCACUGAAAACUACUCAUCUGCAAUUGCUUGUGGGUAUAGAAGGCAGCCAAAAAUGUGGGCAAGAAUGGAGGAUUGGGUAUAAUUCUUUGCCUAUAUCCAGGUAGCUAUCUCCAGAGCUCCAUCAUAAUCUCCAUUGACAUACCCAUAUCUACAAUGAAAUCCAACACCAUGAUAGAUAGACAACAUAGGACUUUUGUGGCAGUACAAGGCCACAGUUUUAUUUAUUUAUUUAUUUAUUUAUUUUUAUACAAGCAAAAUGAUGGAUUUUUCUGUUUGUCAAAUGACUUCAGUAGAACAGAUUACUUAAAAUAUAUGGUAUCAUAUUUCUGUAGUCAGGUUUGUUGUGGAGCUAAAUUAUCCCAGUUGCUUCUGUAAUAUACAGGUAUCAGUGUAUCAUGUUUUAUUGUAAGACCAAAGGAUUCUCAAGCUGUAAUUCAUGUUUUCUUACUGCAUAAAAUGCAUUAUUUAAAA